UUCUCGUCAAAAAGCCCGAUCGAAAUUAUUAUGUACGUUUCAGCUGCUGGGAAAGCUUUCAACGUGACGCAAAUUAAUAUUAUUGAUAACUAGCACCCACUUAAAGCUUUGUUUUGUGAACUGGUCGACCCGAUCGUUUGCCAACGUUAUGUUGACAUGCGUGCUAGUUUGGCUAGAAUAGCUAUAGGGGUCUUCUCAUAAACUAGGGUAACGUUACCAGUGCGCUGGACAACUUUGUUACAGCUGUUGCUAAAUCAUUGAUAAUCUGCUUAUUAUUUUCAUGUCAUUACAUUAAGAUAUGAGGGGGAACAUAGCUAUAUAACGUUAUAUUCAAUAAUAUUCACGAGUUGAUUUAAAACCGACGUUUAACCCAUUAUCAUGGUUGGUGUCUUAAAAACAUAAAUUUUCUGUCCUUGCAUUUACGGCAGUGUAAAUUGUAGUUGUAUUAAAUAUUAAGCAUGAAUCAGUUAAAUUAGUAAUUCAACUUGAACCUUGUAAGAAUCCUGGAUCUAGCUGUCGGACUGUUUUUGUAUUUUUUUGUAUAGAGAUCGCUGAAAUAUUUCAUGUGAUUGUAAAAUCGAAUGCUUCUAACCGAAAGUCACUUUACCUUGAUACUUAACCCAAAUCCUUACUGUCAUUAAACUGGUUCUUCAACAAUUUAGCAUAAUACGUGUCAGAUGUGCAUUUGGUGUCAAGCUGUUUAAAUACGCGGUAAUAGUCUAUCCUAUUUUACACGUCAUCAUUUGAUCCAGGAAGGUAUUUUCUGAAUGACAGUCAAGUGACGAACAGCUGUUGUGAUGGUGCAUACGAUGCACCAGCAGACACAGCCCAAGUGUUUGAAAGAAGCUGGAAUUGUCUCUGGGACCAGGAUGACGAGACUCUCUGUGACCUGACAGAGAAAAGGAGCAGAAGAGGCUUUGAGGGUUAUGUGCCACUCAUAUUACUGAGCAAUACCAUAUCUGGACAUCAUGGAGCUUGUAGUGGCCAAGGUCCUUUGCCUUCUGGGAGUAUUUACCCUCAUGUUGGCUGGGAUUCUUGUCCCAGUGCGCCUAAUGAUGCAGGUGGAUUAUGAAAAAGCCCAAAACUACAGGAAGGCUCUUGCACUCUGCAAUUCUUUUGGGGGUGGUGUAUUUCUGGCCACUUGCUUCAAUGCUCUUUUGCCAGCAGUAAGAAACAAGGUGGAUGAGGUCCUAAAGCUGGUGAAUAUAAACACAGACUACCCCCUGGCAGAGACCAUGAUGAUGCUGGGCUUCUUCCUCACCGUCUUUGUGGAGCAGGCAGUGCUCACCUUCAAGAAGGAGAAGCCAUCUUUCAUCAACCUGGAGACCUUUAACGCAGGGGUCUCCGAGGCUGGGAGUGACUCUGAGUAUGACACUCCAUUCAUUUCACCCACCCGGGGCUCCCCUGUGGGCCACCACCAUGGGCAUCACCACGGACACCUCAGCCCCACUGAGCUGGCCAGAGCUGGGCCUCUGCGGCUGGCCAGCCUGGUCCUGGCUCUCUCUGCCCAUUCUGUGUUCGAGGGGCUGGCCCUGGGCCUCCAGGAGGACGGGGCCAAGCUGGGAAGCCUCUUCCUGGGGGUGGGCAUCCAUGAGACCCUGGCUGCCAUAGCUCUGGGGGUGAGUGUGGCCAAAUCUGCUUUGCCCAUGAGGGAUGCCAUCAAACUGGGUGUGACGGUCAGCCUCAUGAUACCCAUUGGCAUCGGACUGGGCAUGGGCAUCAAUAGUGCCCAGAACCUGGCAGGCAGUAUUGCCUCUGUGGUGCUCCAAGGCCUGGCUGCUGGUACUUUCCUCUUUGUCACCUUCUUUGAGAUCUUGUCUCGGGAGCUGGAGGAUAAACAUGACAGACUGCUAAAGGUGCUCUUUCUCAUACUGGGCUAUGGGGUACUAGCAGGCCUAAUGUUCAUCAAGUGGUGAUGGGCAGAAGAGGCCUUUUUAAUGCACUGAGAUGUCUAUGAGUAUCUUACUGGCCACACUUUGCAUUGUGUGCACACCUGCACUACCACAGUAAACUUUUUUUGUUUUGAUAAAGUAAAUCAAGUUUAAUAGUUUUUUUUUCUUUACAUUUACACGAGGACAUGUUUGCUUACUAAGUAAGGCUACGUUACUGUUUUAGUUUCUGCCAUAGGGAAUACUCCCAUGUUCCUGCCAUUGAGUAGCAAUAGUAAAGUCAGUCACUUUGACAGUAUGCUUUUGCAUGUGUUGCCAGACACAUGAUUACAUCUCAUGUAGAGAUAUCAGGAAAAAUACUCUAUAGCAUUUCAAGUAAAGACACUGUUGUCUUAUUGGCAUUUUGCAAGACGAGUGAAGUGUUAUACAAGUUUAUGUUAUAAGUAGGUUAACUACUGUAUCCCUAAUCAAAUAUAAGAACCAGUUCCCUGGAAACCUUUUGAGUAGCCUGUUGUAUGGUCCUGAUAUCUAUCGUCCGAGAUGAAAUCCAUGGUCUACUUUUCCAUUGUUUUGGUAUUUUAAACAUUAUACAUUUUAACAGGGAGUCACAUUGAGAACCAUGUAUCUUUUUAUAAAUGAUGAGGUACAGGUUUUAUGGGUAGUAGAAGGUCUAUUAUAUUUCAUAUUUUGUUUUAAUGAUCAUGAAGGAUGGGAAGACCAAUGUGGUCUCUACUGUACAUUGUUGUCACUUGUGCUGUUUGCAAAUAAUGGGGUCCCUGUGACUGAAACCUUCAGACUUGGAGCUCUUGUUUGUUUUAUGUGUUAGGGGUCUUUACCACAGUUCGCUAUGACAGAUAAUUUUAUACAGCUUCUUAGAUGUAAUUUAGCCAUUUUCAACUAAACACUCCUAUUUCAAAUACUGCCCAGGAGUAUCCUUGUUUAAUAUAUAUUUUUUCUCCUAAUGUGAAUGUGUAGAACUUGUUUUGCAGAAGCCACUUACUGAAGGAAGCCUACAGAUAAAGGUACAUUUAUCAAGUUCAGAACUUGCUGCACUCUAAAAUCUACAUAAGAUCAAUUCAAUUGUUGUUGGUCACAUACACAUAUUUAGCAGAUGUUAUUGCGGGUGUAGCAAAAUGCUUGUGAUUAUAUAACAUAUAGUAGGCUAGGUCAGUUUGAAUUUGUCCAUGUCAAUUUGUGCUUUUUAAACAAAAGGAAACAUUAAUUGCUAUUUUAAUUCUGUAUUCCAAAAUAAAUUGUACUGCUAAAUUAUUCAGUGGCAACCGGAUUUCCUUAUAUAAUGAGCAGUGGAAAUGCACAUAAGUUAUGACUUGUAUUGCAACAUGGUAAUGGUUUAAUAAACUACUUUAUGUUA